UGCGCAUGCGGGAGGAGGCGGGGGAAAUCAAAGGAGAGCCCACGUGACAGGGGGAAAGAAAACAUGGGUCUUUUCGCACGAGGAUGGGUCUGUGCCGGCAUCCCGUUGUCCAGGGUGACGACGCGAGGAGGGGGUCCAUGGCGGGCUUGGCUGUGCCUCCCUGGCAAGGGCCGAGCGGUCCCGGCGGGGCGGCGCGGGAACAGCACGGACCCCCUCUGGGCAGAGCGUCAAGAACAGCAGCGGCAGUGGCGGCGGGAACAGGAGGAGAAGUUCCGGGAACGCCAGAACAAGACGGUGGCCUCCUACUUGGUGGCCGCGGCCGUGGGCAUGGUGGGCCUGUCUUACGCGUCGGUGCCGCUUUAUCGCCUGUUCUGCCAGGUUAGUGGAUAUGGUGGAACAACAAAAUUAGAGACUGGCACAGACAAGGUUGAGGCAAUGGAACCUGUAAAAGAUCAUGUCAUUAAGGUCACCUUCAAUGCAGAUGUACACUCAACUCUGAAUUGGAAUUUCAGGCCUCAGCAGACUGAAAUAUAUGUUGUUCCAGGAGAGACUGCAUUGGCAUUUUACAAAGCAAAGAACCCCACUGAUAAACCAGUAAUUGGAGUUUCUACCUACAACGUGGUUCCUUUUGAAGCUGGACAGUAUUUUAACAAGAUACAGUGCUUUUGUUUUGAAGAACAGCUACUUAAUCCCCAUGAAGAAGUGGAUAUGCCUGUAUUUUUCUACAUUGAUCCUGAAAUUGUGGAAAACGGAAGGCUAGUGAAUUGUAAUUUGAUCACUCUUUCCUACACCUUUUUCGAAGCAAAAGGAGGAUCGGAAUUGGCACUCCCAGGUUUUAAUUAACAGAACGCCAUCUGGACUCUAUUAGAAAUGUUUGUUCUGUUCAAUACUGAUGACCUAAAGACUGUGCAAAGCACAUUUCUGACCUCAGGAGGAAGAUGCUGAAAAACUGAAAAGCAAAUGUAUGCUUUAGAUCAGGGAUCUCCAAACUUUUGUCUGUGAGGGCCACACCGGAUAUUUUCAACAUCUUUGAGGGCCGAAGGAACAGGAGGGUGUGCACGCCCCCUCCGCCCACAGCCCCUGCCUGCCAGCCCAUGCACAGACUGAAGGGAACACACUGGAUAAAAUGGCAAGGUGGGCUGGAUAUGGCUCGCGGGGUGUAGUUUGGAGACCCCUGCUUUAGAUAUUGCAUGCAAGCAGAUGUUUGGUUCUUUUGGAAGUGUGAUACUUAAUAUUGGCCUACAGGAACCAUGAUUGUGAAGAUGAUUGAUAAGCAAAUGUGCAUAAUGAAUUAUUUUAAUAGUUUGUCUUCACAAGUACAUCUGUCUAAACAGUGGCCAAAAUCUAGCAGUUUUAGGCCAGCAUAAUGCAAACAUUGUGGCUACUGGAAGUGAAUUGCUUCAAGGGGUUAAGACAGAUAUAACAUGCUAUGUGCUAAGUUGCCUGAGUCUCUGCACAGUUAAUAUCUAUGCUGAUUCUUUAAACAGGAAGUUUGACUCAAAGUUAACUGGUUUGGGUUACUCUUGAGGGUAUAACUGAUAGGAGUUUGGGUAGUGUACAUUAUGAAUUUGGUGGCAGUAGUUAUGAAGCACUUUUUAAAAAAUUCCUAAUGGUUUAGAGAGCUUUGGAGGAAAAUAAGUUUUAUAAAUAGGCGCCCAAAUGGGGGGAAAAAAAAUGAUGUAACUUGUAUGGUUACAGGCUUAUAAAUGUAACACUAUGAGAUAUGUGUUUAGCUGUGUACAUUGUAUCAGAGGUAAUAUUGUCUAAUAAAGUUUGUGUGGUGUUUUCAUGAAAA